AUGCAGACAAAAUGUCACCAACCUCAGACAGAUCACUUCUUCCAAGAUGACCAUCCUUGGAUGAUUGCCCUGGGCGUGGUCCUGGUUGCUGUGGUUACUCUCCUUAUUAUCACUGUUUAUCUAUUUAAAAUUAAAGGAAAGCUGCAGAAAGAAAUAGGGAGGCAAGAGGCAGCACUGCGGGAGCGGGAUGCAGAAAUCGCAUGGAGAAGACAGGCAGUGCCUAUAGAAGAAGCGAACGUGGUUCUGGAUCCAGACACAGCCCACUGUGAGCUUGUCCUGUCUGACAAUGGCAAAAGUGUGACACGAGGGGACACACGACAGGACAUCCACUACAAUGACAAGAGAUUUAAAGUGUGGCGCUGUGUUCUGGGCUGUGAGGGCUUCACCUCGGGGAGACACUACUGGGAGGUGGAGGUCGAGAAUACAGGAGAAUGGAUUGUGGGGAUUUUUAGAGAUGAUGCGGAAAGGAAGCGUGAUCUUGAGUUUAAACCAGAGAAAGGCAUCUGGGCAGUGGGGAAACGGCCAGUAUUGAAAGCUUUCACCUCCCCUAGUCCCACUGAAUUUCCUGAAAUCAAGGCUCCCAGGCGGAUCCGGGUCUCUCUGGAUUAUGAAAUGGGACAGGUGGCAUUUUUCAAUGUUGAUGAGGGGAUUCCCAUAUUCAUGUUUCCACGGGUAUCAUUUGGGGGGAAAAAAGUCUACCCUUGGUUCUGUCUGGGUUCUGAGACACGUCUGAAAAUAUGUCCCUGA